GUUUAUUGUGUCGGCCAUAUCCAAGCUUACGGCAACGCACUUGCCUCUCACGUGCGGAUCUAGGGUUCCUCUGCUUCUUCGGUUUGGUGGGAGUAGGCACAACAGCAGAAAGAAGAAGAGAGUGAUAUACUGCGGGUUGUCAUUUGAUCAAAGCGAAGAAAGAGAAAGUAGAGAGAGAAAGAGAUGGGGAAGAAGGCGAAGAGCUCGAGGAAAGGAAAGAAGGCAUGGAGGGCGAACAUAAGCAUGGAGGAGGUAGAUGACUACUUUGAGAAGUCAACCAAAGACGCUCUCUCCGGUGGCUCUCUCACUGAACUUCCCAGCGAGUCCCUCUUCUACCUCGAUAAAUCCAGAGAUCUUUCAGUCAAGCGGAAGAUUGAAAAACACAGAGAAAAAGUACUCCGUUGUGACAGCUUGCUACAAAGGAACUCCUUUGUUGAAGCAGUACCAUCUUCGACAAAGAGGAAAUCCCAGAAAAAACGUAAAGAAGUUCAGAAAGCAAAAGAUGUUGUUCAAAACGGUCCAAUGGGUGAUGGUGUCUCAGAUUCGGGCAUGGUUGACAUGUGGGAUAACAGAGGUGAACACAACAACGAAACCAAAAAGAUGGCCAAGCCCUCAAUUAUUCCCGCUGUAGAAGUUGAGCCUCCUGGAUGCUCGUUCAAUCCCGCAUUCGAGAGUCAUCAGGAUUCAUUAGCUCUUGCUGUUGCAGACGAAAUGCAGAAAAUCUAUCGUAAUGAGUUGGGACCUAAGCCAGUUCCGUUAACUGUCCCUGGAGAAGUUAUUGAUGAAGAAGAUAUCUAUUUCCUUGAGGCAGAUAAUAGUGAUGAUGAUGAUGAUCCAAAUGUCAAAAAUCUGCAUGAGAAUGGAGAUUCUGAACUUGAGAAGAGGUCCUUCACAACUAAAAGGGUUACGCAAGUUGAGCUGAAUAGGAGGGCUAGACGCAAGGAACAGCUGAGAUCAGAAGCAGAAGCAAAAAAAACAGAGGGACUUUCAAAAGAAAUAGACUGCAUACCAGAUAUAAUUCAAGAAAUAGCCAAAGAGGAUGAAGAGAAGCACAGAAGACGUCUCCGGCGCAUUGUUGCUAAACAAGAAAGAUUAAAAUCUUGUCCACCACGGCUGGGAAAGCACAAAUUUGAGCCUGCCCCCGUUCAAGUCCUAUUAUCUGAAGAAAUUACAGGUUCCCUUCGGAAGCUGAAGGGAUGUUGCACCCUUGCAAGAGAUCGAUACAAGAGCCUAGAGAAGAGAGGAUUAAUUGUCCCAACGGUUAAGACUAGCAGGAAAUAGAGUUCUCUCACCUCCAGAAGUGACCAAGACAGCUGAGCCUAGGAACAAAAUAUGUGCUGAGUUACCGGAAAAAAGGAAGUAUGUGCAGGCUGAAUUUGGGGUGUUUAUGCUGAUGCUAGCCAGUGAUGUUUACCUCUAAUGUAUUACUGAAGGAGGAGCCGGUACCCGAUAUUGUGUAGCAAAAGACUUGGUGAUGCAGUGAUAUUUUCGGUUUACCUCUAAUGCAUUACGAUAUUCAAAUCGACUUCCCUUAUUAAAUGAAUUCUUUUGGUGAUAUGUGAGGUAAUUUUUUUUUAUUAUAUCAGAAUAACUUCAGAAACCUCCUAGCAAUCUUAUUUCU